AUGUUACGUACAAGUGCGGAGUACAACAGAAGAGACGCGAUUAUCGAAAGUAUUCGCGCUGGGCGUUCGCCAACCGAAAUAAUUCGAUUCUUCCGGUACCCGAUAUCAACGGUAUAUGAUAUUGUAUCCAAGUACAAUGCUUCUGAGGAGUCUCGGGAAAGCUCCUCUAACCCAGCGAGGAAAACUCAUUCGAGGGAACGAAGGUCACGAACUCCGGCAGUCGUGGAAAAGGCUCAGGCGCUGAUUUCGGAGGACCCGGUGCAAUCGUUGCGGAAAUUGGCGCCAGUAUUGGGUGUCAGCGAGCGAACCAUGCGUCGGAUUGCAGAGGACCUACGUUACAAGUCGUACACAAUAAAGUUGCGACAGAUGCUGUAUGAAGCUACCAGAACAAAACGGCUUGCUCGCUGCAAUCUGCUCUUGAGUUAA